AUGCCAGUCACGACCUUACGCGUUGCACUCGACUGGACCCCGAACACGAUCCACAGUGGUCUAUAUCUCGCAAAAGAGAAGGGAUUCUACAAGGAGCACAACCUGGAGGUUGAACUCCUCCCACCAGAUGCAAAAUACAGCAAGACUCCGGCAAAGAGGUUGGAAUCUGGUGAGGUCGAUCUGGCCAUAUGCCCUUCCGAAUCAUGCAUUGCGUACAAUGAGACCGGGAAGAUGCAGCUACAAGCCAUCUAUGCCAUACUCCAGAAAGACGCAUCCGCCAUUGUUGGGACCAAACUCAACAGUAUGAGAGAGUUGGGAGAGGGAAAGAAGUACGGCAGCUACAACGCUAGAUACGAAGAUUCCAUAGUGAAGGCUAUGAUUGGCAAAGAUGGGGGACAGGGAUCGAGUGUGCACAUCGAACGCUCAGAGGGCAAGCUGAGCAUGUUUGACGCGGUCAAGGCCGGCCGCAUCGAUGCAACGUGGAUCUUUUUGCCUUGGGAAGGCGUUGAAGCGGAGCUAGAGGGAGUUCAUACGAAGCAUUUCAAGCUUGAAGACUACGAUAUUCCGUACGGAUACUCGCCUGUCAUCUCUCGAAAUGUUGCGAAAAGCCCAUCCGACGAGGUCCUACAGGCCUUUGUCUCUGCCACGCGGCAAGGAUAUGAGCAUGUCAUCAAGCACCCUCACGACGUUACGAACAUCCUCCAUCGAGUGACAGAGCCGCAGAGGUCCAAGGAUUUCCUGCACAAGAGUCAGGCUAGCAUCAACCACUAUUACAGCGAUGGCCACAAGCCUGGAUUCAUGGACGCCACCAAAUGGACCACCUGGUUGCAAUGGCUGCGAUCUCACAAACUACUCAAUGGACUGCGGGAGGUGAAGGAGGAAGAUAUUUUCACGAACCAGUUCGCUAGAUGA